UUUUUUUUUUUUUUGAUGUCUGGGUUGUUCGUAUUCAUUGAUUCCGUUUCGUUAUUGGUUUAAUCGAGGAAUCGGAAGAAACUGGUUGAUUUCUGAUAACCGACUCGGAUCUGGGUCAGGAGGACUGGUUAUCGGAUGAAUGUGUCGUGAAUCGAAACUGUGGAACUAUGAAAUGGAGAACAUUGCUUCAGGACUUGAAGGAUAAGGUUGGAGUAGCUGAAACGACCGCCGAGUUAAACGUCGUCAGUGAUCCCCCUACUCCACCGUCUUCAUCAGCUUCCCCGUCCUCUAUUAACGCUGUCUCCGCUCAGCAUGACUUCAAUUCAUUAUCUCCUACAAGCCGAGACAAACGUAAGCUGGAACUGGAUUUCACGAGAUACUGGGAAGUGUUCCGUUCAUCAAGCUCUGAACAGGAGAAAGAAGCCGCCCUGAAUCUGAGUGUGAAUACGUUUUGUAGACUAGUGAAGCAGCAUGCUAAUGUAGAUCAGUUAGUUACCAUUUUAGUAGAAACACAUGUAUUCUCUUUCGUCAUUGGGAGAGCAUUUGUGACAGAUGUUGAAAAGUUAAAGAUUAGCAGCAAGACAAGAUCAUUGGAUGUUGAGAAAGUACUAAAGUUUUUUUCUGAAGUCACCAAGGAGGGUUCAAGUCAUGGUGCAAACCUUUUAACUGCUGUUGAAGUCCUUGCAUCUGGGCCUUUCGACAAACAAUCUCUAUUGGAUUCUGGGAUAUUAUGUUGUCUAAUACACAUUCUCAAUGCGCUUCUGACAUAUAGUGAAGGUGAAAAAACUGUUAAUGCUGAAGAAAAGGUGGUGGGGAAUGUUGUCCAUAUCAUGAAAGCAUUGGCAAGCCAUCCUUCUGCUGCACAAAGUUUGAUUGAAGAUGACUCUUUUGAGCUGCUUUUCAAAAUGGUUUACAAUGGUUCUCUCGUGGCUCUUUCUCAAUAUAAAGAAGGCCUAGUUUCAUUACAUAACAUACAGCUUCACAGACAUGCAAUGCAGAUCCUUGGGCUACUUCUUGUCAAUGACAAUGGUAGCACGGCAAGCUACAUACGCAAACACCAUCUGAAUUUGGUUAUCAGGAGACUUAGGUUAAUUUUACUAGAAGAUUUAGUAGAAACACAUGUAUUCUCUUUCGUCAUUGGGAGAGCAUUUGUGACAGAUGUUGAAAAGUUAAAGAUUAGCAGCAAGACAAGAUCAUUGGAUGUUGAGAAAGUACUAAAGUUUUUUUCUGAAGUCACCAAGGAGGGUUCAAGUCAUGGUGCAAACCUUUUAACUGCUGUUGAAGUCCUUGCAUCUGGGCCUUUCGACAAACAAUCUCUAUUGGAUUCUGGGAUAUUAUGUUGUCUAAUACACAUUCUCAAUGCGCUUCUGACAUAUAGUGAAGGUGAAAAAACUGUUAAUGCUGAAGAAAAGGUGGUGGGGAAUGUUGUCCAUAUCAUGAAAGCAUUGGCAAGCCAUCCUUCUGCUGCACAAAGUUUGAUUGAAGAUGACUCUUUUGAGCUGCUUUUCAAAAUGGUUUACAAUGGUUCUCUCGUGGCUCUUUCUCAAUAUAAAGAAGGCCUAGUUUCAUUACAUAACAUACAGCUUCACAGACAUGCAAUGCAGAUCCUUGGGCUACUUCUUGUCAAUGACAAUGGUAGCACGGCAAGCUACAUACGCAAACACCAUCUGAUAAAGGUUCUCCUAGUGGCUGUCAAAGAUUUUGAUCCGGAUUGUGGGGACUCAUCUUAUACAAUGGGAAUUGUGGAUUUGUUACUUGAAUGUGUGGAACUAUCAUACAGACCUGAAACUGGUGGGGUUAGGCUCAAAGAGGACAUACGAAAUGCACAUGGUUACCAUUUUCUUGUACAGUUUGCCCUGGUUUUGUCUUCUAUGCGGAAAGAUAUGGUUUUUGCAUUCAAUCAUUCAUCUCCACACAAAAAUAGCGGUUCCGAUGACUCUGAAAAUCAGCCACCUCUUUCAUUGAAUAGUAGUCAAAAUGAUGACAGGGCUUCACAAAAUUUCUCCCCUUCACUGUCCAGAUUGCUUGAUGUUCUUGUCACCUUGGCUCAGACUGGUCCCAUUGAGUCACCUGGAGCAAGUACUUCACUAUUUUCUUACACAAAGCCCACCGCUAACAAUCUGUAUGAUGAGGAUCAUGGUAAUGGUAAAGUUAAAGACCUUGAAGCUGUCCAAAUGUUGCAAGACAUCUUUCUGAAAGCAGAGAACAAGGAUCUUCAGGCUGAAGUGUUAAACCGAAUGUUCAAGAUAUUCACGAGCCAUAUGGAAAACUAUAGAAUGUGCCAAGAAUUAAGGACUGUUCCACUUCUGGUGCUGAACAUGGGUGGUUUUCCUGCCUCGCUGCAAGAGUUAAUCCUCAAAAUUCUUGAAUAUGCUGUCACAGUUGUAAAUUGUGUUCCAGAGCAAGAACUAUUGUCACUUUGUUUCUUGCUGCAACAGCCAAUCAAUUCCGAGUUGAAGCAUACCAUACUUUCUUUCUUUGUAAAGCUCACAUCUUUCGAUCUAGAGUACAAGAAAGUCCUAGGUGAAGUUGGUGUUUUGGAAGUCUUACAAGAUGAUCUGAAGCAGUGCAAACUUCUCAUGGGUCCAGAUCAGCAUAGUGGAGUUUCUAAUUAUUUGGAUCGGGUACCUAGCUCACCUAGCUUCAAACAACACCUAGAUAGUAAGGAUGCCAUCAUUUCAUCACCAAAGCGGAUUGAAUCUGGUUCAGGAAAGUUCCAUAUCUUUCAAGUUGACAGCACUAUAACUGUUGGCUGGGAUUGUAUGAUCUCUUUACUAAAGAAAUCUGAAGCUAAUCAGGCAGCUUUUCGUUCUGCCAACGGUGUGACUGUCAUUCUUCCAUUCUUAAUCUCUGAUGAACAUCGUACUGGUGUUUUGAGGAUUUUGUCAUGUUUAAUCACAGAAGAUAUUGAACAGGUCCAUCAUGAAGAGUUAGAAGCUGUUAUCGAUGUGUUGAAGAGUGGAAUGGUCACUGGAAUCUCUGGGCAUCAAUACAAGCUUUACGAUGAAGCCAGAUGUGAUACCAUGGGUGCUCUGUGGCGUAUUCUUGGGGUUAAUGGCUCUGCUCAAAGAGUAUUUGGUGAAGCCACUGGUUUUUCUCUUCUAUUGACCACCCUUCAUACGUUCCAAGGGGAAGAAGAGUGUAGGGAUGAGUCUCUUGUGAUGGUUUUCAUCAAAUUGUUCAGAUAUCUGUUGCGCCUCAUGACAACUGCAGCCUGUGAUAAUUCUAUCAAUAGGAUGAAACUGCACAGUGUCAUUACAUCUCAGAUAUUUUAUGAUCUUGUGGUGGAGUCUGGUUUGCUGUGUGCUGAUCUGGAAACACAGGUGAUACAACUGUUUUUAGAACUUGCACUUGAAGUUGUGCUUCCACCGUUUUUGACAUCAGAAUCUAUGGCCUCAGCUGAGACGGCAGAAAGUGUAAAAGCAAGCUUUCUUGUAAAAACUCCAUCUGGCCAAUUUAAUCCUGACAAGCAGAGGAUCUAUAAUGCAGGUGCUGUCAGAGUUCUGAUCCGUUCACUGUUGCUUUUUACUCCAAAAAUGCAGCUGGAAUUUCUGAAUCUUCUAGAAAGGCUUGCACGUGCCAGCCCAUUCAACCUGGAAAACCUCACGUCAGCUGGUUGCGUAGAGCUCCUGCUGGAGAUUAUCCAACCCUUUCUUCCGGGUUCAUCUCCAUUUCUUUCUCAUGCUUUAAAGAUUGUUGAAGUUCUUGGGGCGUACAGAUUGUCUCCAUCCGAGCUCAAACUGCUGUGUAGAUAUGUUAUGCAAAUGAGGGCUAUGCAUUCGGGUCACUCACUAGUUGGUAUGAUGGAAAAACUAAUUCUCAUGGAAGACACAAGUUUGGAAGAUGUUUCCCUGGCCCCUUUUGUUGAAAUGGACAUGAGCAAAACUGGGUGUGCUUCUGUUCAGGUGUCCCUGGGAGAAAGAUCUUGGCCUCCUGCUGCUGGUUAUUCAUUUGUUUGUUGGUUCCAGUAUUGUAAUUUUUUGACAACCCAAGGAAAAGAGUCAGAAGUCUAUAAAGCUGGUGGUGCAUCAAAGACACACAGUUUGAGUGGGCAGCAAAGUGAACGAAAUGUUUUCCGGAUAUUUUCUGUUAGUGAAAUAAGUGAUGAAAGUCAAUCCUAUGCAGAACUAUAUUUUCAAGAGGAUGGUAUUUUGACACUUGCCACUAGCAAUUCAAAUUCUUUGUCAUUUUCUGGAUUAGAAACUGAGAAGGGCAAGUGGCAUCACCUUGUUGUUGUCCAUAGUAAGCCAAAUGCUCUUGCUGGACUCUUCCAGGCUAGCGUUGCUUAUGUUUAUAUUGAUGGAAAACUUAGGCACAUGGGUAAACUGGGGUAUUCUCCUUCACCUGUUGGAAAGUCUUUGCAAGUAAUAAUUGGAACUCCAGCUACUUGUGCCAGGGUUAGCAAUUUGGCAUGGAAAAUACGUUCAUGUUAUCUUUUUGAGGAGGUGCUCACAUCAGGCUGCAUUGGUUUCAUGUACAUUCUUGGUAGAGGGUAUAAAGGUCUAUUUCAGGAUGCACAUCUCUUAUGUUUCGUCCCUAAUCAGGCUUGUGGUGGAGGCAGCAUGGCUAUCCUUGACUUUUUAGAUACUGACAUGACAUGGCUCAAGAGGUUAGAGAAUCUUUCAAUUCAGUUACCCGGUAAGAAACUUAUUUUUGCAUUUGAUGGAACAUGCUCAGAGUUCUUGCGCACGACUGGAAGUUUUUCCCUCCUCAACCUGGUUGACCCAUUGUCCGCUGCUGCUUCCCUUAUUGGAGGAAUUCCGCGUUUCGGGCGCCUAGUGGGAAAUGCGAGUAUCUGCAGACAAAAUGUGGUCGGGGAUACUAUACGCUCUGUGGGAGGAAUGGCUGUUGUACUUGCACUUGUUGAAGCUUCCGAAUCUAGAGAUAUGAUAUAUAUGUCUCUUUCACUGCUUGCAUGUGUGCUUCAUCAGAAUUCUCAGAAUGUAAAGGAUAUGGAAACAUACAGGGGCUACCAUUUACUAGCUCUGUUUUUGCGUCCCAAGAUGGCGCUAUUUGACAUGAAAUGUUUGGAGAUAUUGUUCCAAAUUUCUGCAUGUGAAGCUUUCUUUUCAGAGCCAAAGAAGUUGGGGAGUGGACAAAGUACUAUUUGCAUGUCACCUACGGAGAUUACACCUGAAAACAACUAUGAGGAUCUUAGUCUGUCAAAUUUUCAGUCUGAACCUUCUUCAGUUGGAUCUCAUGGAUAUCUGGAUGAUUUUUCAGGGCCCAAAGAUUCUUUUAGUCAUUUAUCUGAGCUUGAAAUAGGAGAUAGUCCUGUUGAAACUUCAAACUGCAUUGUCUUAUCCAAUGCAGAUAUGGUGGAACAUGUCCUCCUGGAUUGGACCCUCUGGGUGACAGCCCCUGUUUCCAUCCAGAUUGCCUUACUUGAUUUUUUGGAGAACCUCGUCUCAAUGCUUUGGUACAGGAGUCACAAUCUUACAAUUCUGCGUCAAAUCAAUCUGGUGGAACAUUUGUUAGUGACACUUCAACGAGGGGAUGUGGAAGUUCUUGUCCUAGAAAAGUUAGUAAUUUUUCUUGGAUUCGUCUUACAAGAUGGUUUCCUUACUUCUGAGCUUGAAAGUGUGGUUAGGUUUGUGAUUAUGACAUUUAAUCCACCUGAAAUAAAAUCACAGAACUCAUCCAUGCGCGAGUCAAUGGGAAAGCAUGUAAUUGUGAGAAAUUUGCUUCUGGAAAUGCUUAUUGAUCUCCAGGUAACCAUAAAAGCAGAAGAACUGCUGGAGCGUUGGCAUAAGAUAGUCUCAUCAAAAUUACUGACGUACUUUCUUGAUGAAGUUGUGCAUCCUAGUAGUAUGAGAUGGAUCAUGACCCUUCUCGGUGUUUGUCUCACUUCUUCCCUAAGCUUUUCUCUUAUUUUUUUUUCAAGUGGAGGUUAUCAGGGGCUGGCACGGGUACUUCAAAGCUUCUAUGAUUCUCCAGACAUAUAUUACAUUUUGUUCUGCUUGAUUUUUGGAAAACCUGUUUUUCCAAGACUACCAGAGGUACGGAUGUUAGAUUUUCAUGAACUAAUGCCGGGUGAUGGAAGCCAUGUGGAGUUGAAGUUUGUAGAUCUGUUGGAUUCAGUGGUUGCUAUGGCUAAAUCCACUUUUGAAAGAUUGAGCAUGCAAUCAAUGCUUGCUCACCACUCUGGAAACCUUUCACAGGUGAGGGAUAGACUUGUAGAUGAGCUUGUUGAGGGCAAUGCAGGUAUGACUGGAGACCUUCAAGGGGAAGCUUUAAUACAUAAAACAUACGCGGCACGGUUGAUGGGCGGUGAAGCAUCAGCUCCUGCUACUGCGACAUCUGUUAUCCGUUUCAUGGUUGAUCUUGCGAAGAUGUGCCCUCAAUUUUCAGCUGCUUGUAGAUGCGCAGAAUUUCUCCAAAAUUGUGCUGAUCUUUACUUUUCUUGCGUCAGGGCUUCUCAUGCUGUGAAGAUAGCCAAACAGCUCUCAGUGAAAGGAGAAGAGCAGAAUAUAAGUUGUUGGGAUGAUAGCAGCGCAAAAAGCACUUCCUCUAGAUUUCCUCACCGGGACGAGUCCACAAAAAUCUCCAUCAGUGCUGGAAGCUUUCCUCAAGAGCAGGCCAGUGUGAGCUCUGAAGUCUUGCCUUUACCUUCAGAUUAUGUCGCUAUUGAUAAGAUGGAAAACAUUCUUACAACACCACCAAGGGAUUCAAUGAAAUCAUUUCAAGGUCGUGAAUAUGUUAAGAAACAAGAUGGUGAUCAUGCUGGCCCUGUAUCAGCCUCCAGCGAAAUGGAAUCUUUAGAUCGCAAAGGUAGUUCAAGUGAAGUUCAGCCAACAGAGCCCCAUACGUCUGAAUCUUUCUCGAUUUUAGAGUCUCCCUUUUUCUCUAGAAAAUCAAGUCUUGACGUUCCAUUCACUCCAUCACCAUCUCAGGCUGUAUCCUCGCUAAGCUCUAACUAUAAUGAAUUCAAAAGUUCUACAAGUUCUUCUCCUCUGCCGUCGCAUAUCUCAGUUAGUGAAUUUGCUGCAUCUUCAGAUCACAUGUCAGGUUCACAAGGUUCAUCUGCUGCCCAAACAAUGUUUACCAUUAGCCCAAAAAUUCUCCUCGAAACUGAUGAGUCUGGGUAUGGUGGUGGGACGUGUUCUGCUGGUGCAAGUGCCAUGCUAGAUUUUAUGGCGGAGGUAUGUGCUGACUUAAUGACUGAGCAGAUCAAAGCAGUACAGGCUUUGGAAAGCAUUUUAGAAAUGAUUCCUUUAUAUGUGGAUCCUGAAUGUGUUCUAGUAUUUCAAGGCUUAUGCCUUAGCAGAGUCAUGAACUAUCUCGAAAGGCGUCUAUUGCGUGAUGAUGAAGAGGCUAACAAAACAUUGGACAAAAGAAAAUGGUCUACAAACUUGGAUGCAUUUUGCUGGAUGAUUGUAGAUCGUGUAUAUAUGGGAGCUUUUCCUCAACCAACUGGAGUUCUUAAAACCCUUGAGUUCUUGUUAUCAAUCCUGCAAUUGGCUAACAAAGAUGGUAGGGUUGAAGAAGCCACUUCUUCAGGGAAGGGUCUGUUAUCGAUAGGAAGAGCAACCAGGCAACUCGAUGCUUAUGUGCACUCAGUCCUGAAGAAUACAAAUCGAGCAAUACUGUAUUGUUUUCUUCCAUCGUUCUUGACAAUCAUUGGAGAGGAGGACCUACUUUCACGUCUGGGAUUGCUUGUUGAAUCUAAUAAGAGUCAAUCUUCAAAUCUAAGCGUCGAGGAAUCUGAAGUUGAUAUCUCAACAGUUCUUCAACUGCUGGUUGCAAACAAGAAUAUUAUAUUUUGCCCAAGCAAUCUUGAUAGAGAUGUGAAUUGCUGUUUGUGUGUGAAUUUAAUAUCUCUACUCCAUGACCAGAGAAAGAAUGUGCAAAACAUGGCAUCUAAUAUUGUCAGAUAUUUGCUGGUUCACCGGAAAUCUGCUUUUCAAGAUUUGCUUAUCAAAAAACCACACCGAGGAAAAAAAGUUGAUGUAUUACACAGGGGUUUUGAUAGAAUACUGACUGAAAAUCUUCCAGAAUUCUGUAAGUGGCUUGAGAGCUCCGAACAAAUUACAAAUAAAGUACUCGAGCAGGGUGCUGCAGUUAUGUGGAAACAGUACAUAGCUGGCUCAGAAAAAUUUCCUGAUGUUAGAAUGAAAGGCAUGGAUGGUCGCCGCACUAGAGAGAUGGGGAGAAAAUCACGAGAUGCGUCGAAGUUAGACGAGAAACACUGGGAGCAGGUAAGUGAGCGAAGAUAUGCACUUGAAAUAGUGCGUGAUGCAAUGUCCGCUGAGCUUAGAGUUGUCCGGCAAAAUAAAUAUGGUUCGAUACUUUAUGCCGAGAGUGUGUGGCAAACUCAUCUCCAGCAGCUGGUACACGAACGUGGUAUAUUUCCGUUGCGUCUUUCCCAGGGAUUUGAAGAUAAAUGGCAACUCUGUCCUAUUGAAGGUCCUUACAGAAUGCGGAAAAAGCUUGAACGAUGUAAACUGAAAAUUGAUAGCAUCCAUAAUUUACUAGAAGGGAAGUUGGAACUUGGAGAAAUUGAGCUACUCAAAUCCAAAAAUGAAGAUGGCCUAGUUAUUUCUGAUAUGGAUUCGGAGCAAGCUUUCCUGCUAAGUGAACUUUACAGUGAGUCAUUUUUCGACGAAGCUGAUGACCUUAAGGAUUUUUCCUCUGCUAGAAAUGGAUGGAAUAAUGAUAGAGCUAGUAGUACAAAUGAGGCGAGUCUUCAGAAUGCUCUUUCUUUUGGUGGCAAAUCUUGUAGUACAGCAUCUGUUCCAAUAAACGUCUACACAGAUGCAAAAUCUGAGAAUGGAUCUCCAAGAAAUUCCUCCUCUGGUAUGGAUGAAAUCAGAGCUGUAGAGGAAGAAUCAGAGAAGGAACUGAAUGAUGAUGGUGACUAUUUGAUCAGACCUUAUCUGGAACAUCUUGAAAAGGUUAAAUUCCAAUAUAACUGUGAGAGAGUUGUUGGUUUGGACAAACAUGAUGGGAUCUUCUUAAUAGGGGAACUCUGCCUAUAUGUGAUAGAGAAUUUUUACAUUGAUGAUCAUGGAUGUAUCUGUGAGAAGGAAUGGGAAGAUGAGCUAUCCAUUAUUGAUCAGGCUCUAGGUGUGACGAAACAAUUCACCGGAAGCUUGGAAUCACAGUCCAAGUCUAGCACAUUAUGGAGUACAAAAAUGAAAACCGACGCUGUAGGGGGAAGAGCAUGGGCAUAUGGUGGUGGGGCUUGGGGAAAGGAAAAAGUGCGUGUGACUGGUAACUUGCCACAUCCUCGGCGUAUGUGGAAGCUAGAUAGUGUUCAUGAGAUUUUAAAGCGUGAUUACGAGCUGCGUCCAGUUGCUGUUGAGAUAUUUAGCAUGGAUGGAUGUAAUGAUCUCCUUGUGUUCCACAAGAAAGAGAGGGAAGAAGUCUUCAGAAAUCUCCUUGCCAUGAAUCUUCCAAGGAACAGCAUGCUCGAUACAACCAUUUCAGGAUCUGCGAAACAGGAAAGUAAAGAGGGUAGCCGUCUUUUCAAAUUGAUGGCAAAGUCUUUCACGAAAAGAUGGCAAAAUGGGGAGAUCAGCAAUUUUCAAUACCUAAUGCAUCUCAACACCUUAGCAGGACGUGGAUACAGUGAUCUCACACAGUAUCCAGUAUUUCCGUGGAUUUUAGCUGAUUAUGAUAGCGAGAGUCUUGACUUGUCAGAUCCAAAGACUUUUCGCAAGCUUGACAAACCAAUGGGUUGCCAGACACCUGAAGGAGAAGAAGAAUUUAGAAAAAGAUAUGAGAGCUGGGAUGAUCCAGAGGUUCCAAAUUUUCAUUACGGGUCUCACUAUUCAAGUGCUGGCAUUGUUUUGUUUUACCUUAUUCGCCUACCACCAUUCAGUGCUGAAAACCAGAAGCUGCAGGGUGGUCAAUUUGAUCAUGCUGAUCGACUUUUUAAUAGUAUUAAAGAAACUUGGCUAAGUGCAGCUGGAAAAGGAAAUACAUCAGAUGUGAAAGAACUAAUUCCUGAAUUUUUCUACAUGCCUGAGUUCUUAGAAAAUAGAUUUUACCUUGAUUUGGGUGAAAAACAGUCAGGGGAAAAGGUGAGUAAUGUAUCUUUACCUCCUUGGGCUAGAGGAAGUGUUCGUGAAUUCAUCUGCAAGCACAGAGACGCUCUGGAGUCUGAUUAUGUUUCAGAGAAUCUGCAUCAUUGGAUAGAUCUCAUAUUUGGGCACAAACAGAGAGGAAAGGCUGCAGAAAAAUCUGUAAAUGUUUUCUAUCAUUACACCUAUGAGGGGAAUGUGGAUGUGGAUGCAGUUACAGAUCCUACCUUGAAGGCAUCCAUACUAGCACAGAUUAAUCAUUUUGGACAAACGCCAAAACAACUAUUCCAGAAACCUCAUGUUAAAAGAAGGACAGACAGAAAAUUCCCACCGCAUCCUCUGAAACACUCAAUGCAUCUUGUUCCUCGCGAAAUACGCAAAUUCUCAUCAUCUAUAAACCAAAUCAUCACUUUCAAUGAGAAGUUGCUUGUUGCCGGUUCUAACUGUUUCCUGAAACCCAGAGGCUAUAAGAAAUACAUAAGAUGGGGUUUCCCAGACAUGAGUUUGAGAUUUAUGAGCUAUGAUCAGGACAAGCUCUUAUCUACCCAUGAAAAUCUCCAUGAAGGAAACCAGAUCCAGUGUGCUGGUGUUAGUCAUGACGGGCGCAGUGUGAUCACUGGAGCAGACGAUGGUCUGGUCUCUGUGUGGAGAGUCAACAAAGAUGGCUUGCGUGGUUCACGGCGUUUACGGUUAGAGAAAUCCCUUUGUGCACACACAGCCAAGGUCACUUGUCUACGUGUAAGCCAACCUUACAUGAUGAUUGCAAGCGGUUCAGAUGACUGUACAGUUAUCAUAUGGGAUCUCAGUUCUUUAAGUUUUGUUAGGCAGCUUCCGAAUUUUCCGGUUCCCAUUUCAGCAAUCUACAUAAAUGACCUUACAGGAGAAAUCAUAACUACUGCUGGAAGUUUACUUGCGGUUUGGAGCAUCAAUGGCGAUUGCCUUUCUGUGGUUAACACAUCACAAUUACCAUCAGAUUUGAUAGUAUCAGUAACAGGCUCAACGUUUUCUGACUGGCUGGAAACAACCUGGUACGUGACUGGUCAUCAAAGCGGGGCACUUAAAGUGUGGCAGAUGGUACAUUGUACUGAUCUGGUGAGUGCCGAGAACAAAACUGCUAGCAACAGAACAGUAGGGAUACAUUUGGGGGAUCAGGUGCCAGAAUACAAGUUGCUUCUACACAAGGAGUUGAAAUUUCAUAAGAAACCGGUCACAGCUCUGCAUCUCACGAUCGACCUGAAGCAAUUACUGAGCGGUGAUUCAGCUGGACAUUUGCUUUCAUGGACAGUUCCAGAUGAUAUAUUGAAAGCUUCACUCAAAAAAGCUUCAUAGUUUAGAGUCAGAAGUGUCAUCUAGAACUAGGACGGAAGCACCUAGGAGGUAGAUCAAAGCCAUCUGAUUCUUCUCCAUCUGAUUUGCAGAUUAGAUGUUGUUGCCCAAUGGAGAAACAACAAAGCGAGACAAAAACGCGUCGAUUUGACAAUAACCAACAGGCUUGUCUUUAGAAUUUGUGUAAAUAUAGCUAACAUGUAAUUUGUGUGUACAGCAGACUAUUCUGCAAAGAAUAAACUGGGUAAAUCUAGUAUUAGAGCCCCAUCUAUAUUUAUCAGAUGAAAUUAUGUAAUCAUUUUUAUUGUUACUAUACUAGCUAAGGAACUUUUAAUUUGGACAA